GAGGGCCACGCCUCCGGCCCCGAAGGUGGCACCAUCCCCGGCGCGGGCGUUUUUCCCCGAUGCCCGAUCGGCGGGCGCGGGUGCUCGGCUGGGGCGCCCUGCUGCUGUCGCUCGGGCUCGUGCUGCGCGCGGGUGGCCUCUCCCUGAGCGAGGUCUUCCCGAGCCAGGGAUCGGUGUACGGCGGCACGUACCUCGUGAUUUCUGGGUCAGGGUUCCUCUACCCCGUGGACGCGAAUCCGUGGGACGCACAGGACGUCUACAUCGGAACAAUCCCCUGCGACAUCAUUCAGCACUACUCCAGUGGCACCCGGAUAGUGUGCACAACGGGGGCCUACACCGCUUACGAGGAUUCAGCCUGGUUAACUGUGACCGUGCGGCAAUUCAGCGGCCUCGGGGACGCGGGGAUCGUGCAGAUGUCCAGCGCGUUCCGGUACAGGACUUCGUACACCCCGUUUAUACACUAUGCUGAUUCUUGGGCUGGCACUGGGGGUGAUGUGCUGCGUUUCGGGGGAUACCUUCCGCACAUGGACACAACUGGCUACGUGCGCAUCUCCAUCGGGGACACCCUCUGUGUGACCGACAACGAAGUCUGGCCGCUGCAGGAGUCGACCAGGCGCAGGAACUUCAAGUAUGUAUCUUGCCAGCUUCCUCAGGACGAGAUGGCGCCCCCAGGCAUUUACAACGUCUCCCUGCGCCUGAACAUGCUGGACCACGAGGAAGGGGAGUGUCCUCAAGGCGCGUGCUUCCCCCUCACGAGCGACGACAACGACGGGUCGACGGGCAGUUACGGCUUGGGCGGGAUCGUGCCUGGGGCGAUCAGCACGUGGGUCGCAUCUUGGGGUUUCCAGUUCUAUGGCACCGUGGACCUCGCGACCGGGAGGUCGUACCACUUCACGGUGUACCCGCAGGUGAACAGCAUCGAGCCCUCCGUGGGCGGCCUGCACGGCGGAAAUACACUCACGAUCCACGGCACCUCUUUCUCCGAGACCCCGGCGGACAACCUGGUCAGCGUCGGCGGCAUCCCCUGCGAGGUGACCGCCGCCACCGCAAGCCGGCUGCGGUGCGUGCUCGGGGACCGCUCGCUCUGGCCCGCGGCGCUGCGGGGCCCGACGCCGCGCGGGCUCGUCUGGACGUCCUUCAACAGAGGGGGGAGCUGGGUGCCCAACGGGCUCACCGAGAGGAUCCCGCCCGGGGACCGCACGCGGCUCGGCGGCGGCGUGCUCAAGGGCGGGCGGAUCGACUGGUGGGGGCGCACGUCCUUCCUCGGGGGCGCCGGCGGCAGCAACUACCAGUUCGAGGCGGAGGGCUUCUUCGUGCCCCCCCUGACGGCAAACUACACCUUCUACGUGGCGGGGGACGACACGGUUGUGCUCGAGCUGGGGCGCAACAGCUCCUUUGACUCCCUCCAGCGCGUGGCGUCCUGCCCGGAUUCGGUCACGAAGAGUUGGUACGCCGAGGUCAACCCACACGCGUGGUUCUAUCAUGGCGACAUUCGCACUAACGCUUCGACCACUGUUCUUGAGGUGACGGGCCCUGACAAGCAGGUCUCCGAGCCCAUCAGCUUGGCAGCUGGGGAGCGAUACGCCUUCCGGCUGCUGCAGACCGAGUGGUACGGAUCUGAUUGGUACCGUCUCGGAAUGAAGGUGAGUGGCCUGAGCAGCGCGUUGAAGGCAGACGGCACCGCGCUUGGCCAGGAGGUGGCUGAGGAGGCUGCCAGAGCGCAACCUGCCAUGGAGCUGCAGCGCGUGAAGUAUGGGGGCACUGGCAUCCUCUACGAGACGCACUACAUCCAGCUUGACAACGCCAGCGCUGGGGGCAUCUACAGGGUCGCCGUCUCGAACUCGUUUGGCGCGACAGAGUACGUGACCUUCAGCGCGGACGACUCCGCUGGGGAGGUGCAGACUGCCCUCAGAAGCGUGUAUCUCACCGGCACCGAGACCUUCCUGUUGUCGUCGUGCUGGCCUCUUUCCGUCUCUGCGACCGAGUGGUACCCUGACGCAUUCACGGUGAAUCGCACCUACGAGGUGAUUGCCCCGUGCUCGUUGCCCCAGGGUGCGGCGAGACACAUGUCCCUCUCGGUGCCCCCCUCUCUGGCGGGCCUCGUGGGCGCCAGUGCCGGGCUGCUGGUUGCAGGGACUCCUCCUCCCUCUGGGACCAUCCGCGUAGGUUGCAACGGCGAGUGGAGCGAUCCGAUUGACCCUCUUGUCGAUCCUUGGUACGUCGUCCAAGCCAUAUCUCAAGUGGGACGCGAUGGCAACGCGGUCGAGGUCGAGGCUUGGCCGUCCAUGCGCGGCUGGACCACAGGAGAGGCCUGGGAGAUCUUCGUGCGCUUCCGGAAACCGUUGGGGGAUGUGCCACUGCUGGAGUUGGAUCUCAGCAGCUUCGUCGGGGUACCCGACCCAGAGGGCCCAGCCGUGUUCAGCGUCACGGUGGUGACAGUCGAGAAUGGCGACGCAGACGCUGUGAUGAUGGAGCGCGUACCCGCGGACCUCUUCCGGAUGCCUCACCCGGCAGACAGCGAAGCGAUGGUGGUGGUCGUGGAGACUUUGGGUGUGGCCAGCGCCACCGCAACCGAGGAGGCGCCUGCCUUCUCCUACCUGGAGGGGCUGACUCCCGUCCUCCUCGGCGUGCACCCCCCCACCGUGCAGGGCGGCAGCACGCUGACCGCCGCCGUGGCCAACACCAACGCGACCGACGGCAACGUCACCCUCUACAUUGGAUCCUCGCUCGCCUGCGCCGGCCUCACGGACGUGACAGAGGCCUGGAACGGCACCGCAUGGUGGAAUUCGAGCGAUGGGGCGAAUGGCGCGGCCCGCGAGUGGCGCCUCCUCAGCUGCACGGUGCCGAACGGCACGGCAGGCGUGCACCGGGUGCGCCUGUUCUCGGAGGAGCAGGGCCUGGCAGACCCGUCGUUGGCGCCGAACGUGACGUACCUGCCGGCUGUGGAGGACAUCUCGCCUCUGACGGGCUCCAUGGCAGGCGGCACUCUUUUCACGGUGUCUGGCGACGGCCUCGCCAAGAUGCCGUGCGCGGAGAUCACCAUCGGUGGCCUGGCCUGCUCCGAGGCGGCCGUCUCGCCCUUCGGCACCGCGCCGUUGGGCGGGGACAGCGUUGUGUGCCUCACGCCAGACGCGCUGAAUGGAGCCUCUCUCGAGGACGUGCUGGAGGAGGUGGAGGCGGAGAUCGUGUUGUUGAUGCCGACGCCCCAGGUGAUCGGGACGUUUGUGUACUCUGUCAACAAUACCCCGGUCAUCAGCGCGGUAUCGCCAGAGCAGCACUCGGCCGCGCUCACAGUGGAGGUGGUCCUCUCCGGGCAGCGCCUCGGCGGGGACAGCGCGCCGCCGGUCGUCGCCUUUGGCGGUCGGCCCUGCGUCGUCGAGCAGCACACCGCCCGGCGCGUGGAGUGCUGGCUGCAGCGCUCUGUGCCCGCGCCGCCGGCGAACUCGACGAUGCAGCCCACCGUGUGGGUCGAGGGGCUGGGACGCGCGGCGGUCAACUCGUCGGCGGCGUUUACGACCCUGUUCGAGGUGGCCAGCCUCAGCCCGAGCUACGCUUCGAUCGCGGGCGGAGCGAUCGUGACGCUGACGGGGUCCGGCUUCCACCCCUCCGAUCCCUGGAAGCACGAGGUGUUCCUGGACCUGCCAGAUGGGACCGAGCAUCCCUGCGUCGUGCUCUCGGGCAGUGACUCCGAGCUCCGGUGCAAGCUCGAAACCGCGGCGGCCCCGGACGGCUACUCCUUCAGCGUCCAUCGCUCGGGCACCAUCUUGGGGCGCAGGUUGGCUGCCGCAGAGGCUGGCGCCGGCGGAGCGCACGGACGCAAGAUCGAUUGCGCGCGCGAGCGGUCGCCAAAGACGAAGGGGCACUGCCUCGCCAAGUCCGUCAUGAGCAUGGGCAGGGUGCGCUCCAUGGGUGCCGAGCAUCCAAUGGCCAAGGGCUUGGCCAAGCUGGCGGCAGUGCCGCCGGCGCACGCGUUCUCGGGCCCCUGGGCAGGGCGGUCAGCGACGGCAGCUGACCUUGACGGCCACGGGCGGCCCGGCACGGGCAGGCGCCUGUCAGCGGCCACAGGCACGGCGAGCGCCACCAUGAGCAGUAUCACGCCAACGAGCAGCACAACGCUGACCAGCACGAGUUUGACGUCUUCCGCCACGGACCCGAGCACCACGGAUACCCAGACCUCGACCACCACCCUGACCAGCAGCACCCAGACCAGCACCACCCCGACAGGCCCGAGCGUGGCGUCUGCCACUCCAGACGACUCCUCCUCGGAGACCAGGACAUCCACCGUUACCCUGACCAGCAAUACUGAGAAUGUGUUUCCCUCGAGCGUUCCACCUUCAACUGACGACAUUUCGUCGACGUUCUCCACUACCACGCUGGUCAGCAUCACCCAGACCAGCACUACCCUGACCCUCGACAGCAUGACGUCUGAUACCCAGACCUCGACCACCACCCCGACCAGCAGCACCCAGACCAGCACCACCCCGACAGGCCCGAGCGUGACGUCUGCCCCUACAGACGACUCCUCCUCGGAGACCAGGACAUCCACCGUUACCCUGACCAGCAAUACUGAGAAUGUUUUUCCCUCGAGCGUUCCACCUUCAACUGACGACAUUUCGUCGACGUUCUCCACUACCACGCUGGUCAGCACCACCCAGACCAGCACUACCCUGACCCUCGACAGCAUGACGUCUGAUACCCAGACCUCGACCACCACCCCGACCAGCAGCACCCAGACCAGCACCACCCCGACAGGCCCGAGCGUGACGUCUGCCCCUACAGACGACUCCUCCUCGGAGACCAGGACAUCCACCGUUACCCUGACCAGCAAUACUGAGAAUGUGUUUCCCUCGAGCGUUCCACCUUCAACUGACGACAUUUCGUCGACGUUUUCCACUACCACGCUGGUCAGCACCACCCAGACCAGCACUACCCUGACCCUCGACAGCAUGACGUCUGAUACCCAGACCUCGACCACCACCCUGACCAGCAGCACCCAGACCAGCACCACCCCGACAGGCCCGAGCGUGACGUCUGCCCCUACAGACGACUCCUCCUCGGAGACCAGCACAUCCACCGUUACCCUGACCAGCACCACCCAGUCCAGCACCUCCGACAGCAGCACUGUCACCGCUACGGCCACCAUGGAUACCCAGACCUCGACCACCACCCUGACCAGCAGCACCCAGACCAGCACCACCCCGACAGGCCCGAGCGUGACGUCUGCCCCUACAGACGACUCCUCCUCGGAGACCAGCACAUCCACCGUUACCCUGACCAGCACCACCCAGUCCAGCACCUCCGACAGCAGCACUGUCACCGCUACGGCCACCACUGCUGCAACCACCACGGUGUUCGCAGACACCGUAGCUGCGAUCCGGCUGACGCUCAACGGGGUCACGGCACGCUGCGUUGCGGCGGAGGGCUGCGGCGUGGUGUAUUCCCAGAUCGCCACGCCGAAGUUGUUGGACGUGUGGCCGCUCAAUGGGACGGUUGGCACCAAAGUCGAAGUCACUCUCGAAGGUCAGCAGGAUGGCAACAGGAUGAAGGUGUUCUUCGGCGACGUGCAGUGCAACGUCUCGUCCUGGAGGAUAGAGUCUGGAGACUACGAGCUGGUCCAGGCCGACGUCUUCGGCCUGGGAGGUCUCAAUCUCACACAGACCGUCCUGGAGGUGCCGCUGUGCGAGUUCCCGGCCGGUGACGUGCCUGUCUUGGUGGCCGCAGACCCGCAGGGGUACGCCCUGAACGGCUCCCCGCACCUGGGCGCCGACCUCUGGUUCUCGCGACCGCUGGAGCUUUAUGGGCUGAGCCCCGAGAAUGGCUCCUCCCACGGAGGCCUGGAGCUGACCAUCUCGGGAGCCGGCUUCAGCUCCGUGCCCGGGGAGAACUUCGUCACGGUGGGCGACCGGGUCUGCCAGGUGUCGGCGGCCUCCUUCGGCGAGCUGCGCUGCUGGGCCCCGCGGGCCCCCGGUGGCGCCGAGGGGGCGCAGGAGCUGCGCGUCGUCGUGGGGUCAGCGGGCACGGGCGCGGGCCUGUCCGCCGACUUCUACCACUUCGGGGCUCUGGUGUCCAUCGACGACUUCGGCAGCUACUCUCCGGACUCGAACGGGACGACGCCGACGCUGAGCUUCGAGAGCGACGUGGGCACGGCGCUCGGCCUCGGCUUCACGACGGGCUUCGGCGUGGACUGGCGGGGCUACCUGACCAUCGCAACCCCCGGCACCUACGUCUUUUCGCUGGUCUCUGACGACGGCAGUGGCUUAUGGAUAGACGACGCCCUGAUUGUGGACAACAGUGGGUGGCACGGCGCCGCGGAAGUCAUGGGCACUGCAGCCUACCUCGAGGAGGGCGACCACUACAUCGAGAUCAAGUACACGCAGGGUUAUGGCAGUUCGAACAUCGUCUUCAGCUACGCCGGGCCCGAUACAGGGGAGGUGACAGUGGUGGUUCCAGAGACGGCGUUGAAGCCGCUGCAACGCGACGCGGGGCCCCAGUUGCAGUUCGAGUACGUCAACGCAGUGUCCCCCCAGGUGCUGGCCAUCGCGGUCGUGUCGGCCGCGGCCGAGGCCGAGGUGGAGCUGCUCGUCAACGGUUCAGGCUUCGGGAGCACGCCGGGGGCCGUCGUGCUCGGCGUGCACCGCGACCCGACGGC